AAGAAAUUGAGUUUUUCAGAAAAACUAACCUCAAACAUUUACCCCACAAAAAUGUUAAAAAUCAAAAAUAUCUUAACUUUAACUGAAAAAUGCGCUCCAACUAUACGUUUAUUAUCAUCAGCAGUGCCCCAACCUUCGGAAAGCACAACCCAAAUUGAAACAGCUCAAAUCCCUUCAGACCUCCAACAAGAAGUCUUAAAACACCCAGAUUACUUUCAAGUCCACAAUCUAUUCACUGUCAAAGACCUCUUCGAUGCUAGAAUACACUAUGGUCACAAAGAAGGCUCACUUGACCCAAAAAUGCUGCCUUACAUUUAUGGUUCUCGACUGGGACACACUAUCUUCGAUUUGGACAAAACGGCAGAAUAUUUACGACGCGCCCUCAAUGUAGCAGCUCACAUAGCUUACAGAGAUGGUGUUAUUUUGUUUUUAUUAAGGGGAGCCCAAAAUUCUCAUUUAGUUGAAAGAUAUGCCAAAGAAUGUGGUGAAUUUGCCCAUACGAGAUUCUGGAGAGGAGGCAUUUUCACUAAUUCAGAGAAGCAAUUCGGGGCAGUCACAAGAUUGCCUGAUUUGUGUAUUUUUGUGAAUACUUUGAAUACAGUAUUGACUCAGCAUACUGCAGUAAGAGACGCCGCUAAAAUGGGCAUUGCAACUAUAGGAAUUGUAGAUUCAAAUUGUAAUCCAAAUCUUUUAACUUAUUUAGUGCCUGGUAAUGAUGAUUCACCUGUAGCUGUAGAAAUGUAUUGUAAAUUGUUUAAGGAAGCUAUAUUAAGAGGAAAAGCUAAAAGAAAAGAACAUUUAGAGAUUUGAGGUAAAUAAUAAUUGUAUUUUAAUUAAUAUAUAGUUGAACCAUUUUUUAUAUUUAAAAAAAAAACACCGAAAUAUUAAAUUAACAUAGAUUACAACUUAGUUGUCAAAUGUCUUUUUUUUCAUUUUCUGAUACAGUGUGGUGAUUUUCAUUAUUUUCAUUAUUGAUUACGUGUUCAGAUUCAUUGAUUUCAUCAUCUUUUUGUUUUUUCAAAAAUCUACCGCCAGCGUAGCCUGCAAAAGCACACCCAAUAGCUGCCAUUCCUCCCACUUUAAGGCCUGCCAGUAAUCCUAUGGGGCCACCAAGUAGAGUGCCCACAAAGGCACCCGUAGCUGGAUAUGCUACA